UGUGGGUGAGUGGGCGACGCAAUGAUAACACUGAUUACUGAGACGGAGUCAUCAGGGUGCCGGCGGCCGCUGCACGCCGCCACUCGGCUCCCUCACCUUGCAGCAUGAAGGUGUUGGUCCUGAUUUUCGCUUUCGCCGCCCUCGCCGCUGCCUCUCAGGGCGGCGGCCGGGAACAUCACGAGGAACAUUACGGGUAUGUGGAGGUGCGGCCCGGAGCCCACAUGUUCUGGGUGAUGUACCAUGCGGACCUGCCCGGCAGCCAUACCGACUACCCGCUCAUUAUGUGGCUCCAGGGCGGCCCAGGCGCUUCAGGAGUAGGUUACGGCAACUUUGAAGAGCUGGGACCUUAUGACAUCAACGGUAACCCGAGGGAAUACGCCUGGACCAAGAAAGCCAACGUGCUGUUCGUGGACAACCCGGUGGGCACUGGGUACAGCUACGUGGAGGAUUAUUCACUGCUCACUACCAACAAUGCCAUGAUUGCCUCAGACCUGGUGGCAGUCGUCAAGGCCGUCUUCGCCGAAUACACAGAUAUGCAAAUCAUGCCAUUCUACGUUUUUGCCGAGUCAUAUGGAGGAAAAAUGACCGUUGACUUCGCUCUUGAGUUUGAAAAGGCCAUCAAGAACGGCGAAGUGGUGAGCGAUUUCCGCGGCGUGGCCCUCGGGGACUCAUGGAUCAGCCCUAUGGACUCUGUCAACACGUGGGGCACUUUCCUCUACCAAAUGGGUUUCGUCAACCAAAAAGGACUGGAAGCAAUCGACAGUGCUGCUGCAGAAGCACAAGCUGCCGUGGACGCCGGCCAUUGGUUUGAGGCCACCAACAAAUGGAGUUCCGCCGAGCUGGUGGUGAUGAUUUACGGCAACAAUGUUAACUUUUACAAUGUGUUGGCCGAGAACGAUAUCUACAGACUGAAGGAGGAGAACAACGCAACCGAUCUUUCCUUCAUGUCGUCCCAUGUUCGCAGGCUGUACGAGAACCACGUGGCACACCAGACCCGCGACGCGCUGGGCGACUACAUGAACGGGCAGCAGGCGGAUGAGUGGGGCAUUCCAGAAAACGUGCAGUGGGGCAGCCAGGGCAGCAUGGUGUUUGAUACUCUUGCGGGAGACUUCAUGAAGCCCGUCGUAGAGUCCGUGGUGAAGCUUUUAACGGAAACAGAGCUGGAGGUGGUGGUCUUCACUGGCAACCUGGAUCUCAUCUGCGACACUCCAGGUACCUACAGGUGGAUUGAAAACAUGGAGUGGCCAGAGAAACCUCAAUUUAUGGCUGCCAACAACGAACCUAUCACAAUCCCCGCAUAUUCUGCCACUGCCGCCACCAUUCAGAAGGCAGGGCGGUUCUCCUUGUACACCAUCCUGCGCUCGGGACACAUGGUACCGAUUGACGCUCCUGAGAUGUCCCUCAAAAUGUUGGAUAUGAUCUUUGCGUCCUCGAAGAAAACAUCAAAGCAAGAGGCACCUAAAGAAAAAACCAAUAAGCAAGAAGCACCAAAGCAGGAAGUCCCUGAGCCUAAAGAAAAGUCUGUGCAGGAAAAACUCAGUCUGAAGUACCUAAAAGCGGAGGCACUCAAGAAGGAGGCCAAGAAGGAGCAGGAGGCAGCCAAGCAGGUGAAAGGAGAGGAGUUGCAAGAGGAGACCAGCCAGGAGGAGGAGAAACCCAAGAAGCAGAAGGAAAAUAAGGAUGAAAACAAAAAGCAGGAAGUGUCUCAGGGGAAGAAGGUGCCUAAAGAAAAGCAGCCUAAAAAGACGUACAAGGAAGAGAAAGUAGCCAAGCAGGAGAAACAGAAGCAGGAAAAAACACCUAAACAGGAAAAGCAGAAGCAGGAGAAAGCACCCAAGCAGGAAAAGCUCGAACAGAAAGAAAACAAGCAGGAGGCAGCCCCAAAACAAGAGAAAUACAAGGAGAAAGUAGCCAGACCAGACAGAUACAAGCAGAAGGGUAACAAGCAGAAGACACCCGAGCAGAACGAAAAGAAGCAGGAAAAGGCUCCCAGGAAGAAGGAACCUGAGCAGAAGUCCCUCAAGCAAGAAGCCAAGAAGGUUGUCAACAAAGCCAAGGCAAAGGUUGUAGCUUCCCGCCAGCAGCAGCAGCAACAGCAGCAGCGGGGCCACCCGAUCGGUCACAACCCCGGGCCGCUGCCUGACCCCCCUCGUAGACGUUAGGGUGCUCCAGGCCUCGUCUCGCCUCGCGCUGCAGUUAACCGCAGGAAGCUUCUAACAGCGUCAUCCUAAAUAAAAAUAAAUAAAUAAAUAAAUAAAUAAAUGGUCUGUAAACAGCUCUUUGUCAGAAGAGCAUAUACUGAGAUUUAUGUAUUUCAAUUUAAAACUAAAGUCGAGUGGAUACUUAGUAAUGAAUAUUGUUCGACUCCGUGUAAGUUCCUUUUUUGCCAAUGAUUGAAUCGGCUUGACUUCUUGACAAAUGCUUAGCUUCUUGACAGCCUCACAUCCUUGCCGAGUCUCUCUCCUCCACUUUUCCUUCAUUGACGGCGGCGGCACGACAGAGGCUGUCGCUACUACAACACAAGGAAGAUUUACCAAACUUUGCCACAGGGAAAAGUUUGCUGAAGACACAUAUACAAGCCUUAGUCCCACUUAACUCAGAGCUUCAUGUAUAGAAUGAUUUUUGAGUAUUUCAUGGUAAUUAUGUCGUUUCUCUAUGUAAUCUCAGGCAUUACAUUCAUAUUUAGACUUCAUCAGGUAUAGUGUGUGUGUGUGUGUGUGUGUGUGUGUGUGUGUGUGUGUGUGAGCAGAGAGAUUAACUACUUUUGAUGCGUUUCUUUGUCAUAAUCCGCAGAAUUUACAACCAGAAUUGUGUAAAUAAUGUGAUUUUUUAUUUAUUUAUUUUUUUUUUUUAUGUAGUGAUGCGAUUGCUUGCCUUUCCACGUACAAAGAAUUAAAAGUAUUGUUGCUGCUCCUUGGUAAGCGAAAAUUGGACGAAAUAAGUGAA